CACCUCAUGAUUUAACGUCAGCGUAGGACGAAUCACGUCGACAGAGAAAUAAAACUGCUAAAGAAGAAGGAGAAAUAAUAAGUUGUUUGUGAAGUUGGAGCCAUGGCCCUGGGUGACUGUUGGAAGCAGUUAUCGUGGUUUUACUACCAAUAUCUUCUGGUGACGGCGCUGUACAUGCUGGAGCCCUGGGAGCGGACCGUGUUCAACUCCCUGCUGAUCUCCGUGGCCGGCAUGGCCGUGUACACCGGCUACGUCUUCAUGCCGCAGCACAUCAUGGCCAUCCUGCACUACUUCGAGGUCGUCCAAUGACACAAAGACUCUGCCCGUGUCCACCCACAGGUCCGGUCUGUCUCUGGCUUCCCGUCCGUCUGUCUCUCUGCCCGCCCGCCUGCCAGCCUGUCUGUCAGCCAUCUCCUGGUGUUCAGGUGGAGACGUUUCCAACCACGUUUUCCAAUAUCGAAGCUCAAAGCUGAACGUCUCGCCGGAGGUCAUUGUGGACCGUUUCACUGAAAUAUUUUGGGAUUGUGAACACUGUUGGGCUUGGAGGCAAAAGGGUGCGCUUGAUUUUGUUUUUAUCUCAUUAAAUCAAGCACACAUUACUGGUUUAAACGUGUAAAUUAUCUGGAUGUGUGGGUGUGACUGGACUUUUAUUUUUAUUCCGUGGUGUUGUCUCAGAGUUUUAUGCACAGCAGCUGAUGUAACUUCCUUUUUAUGAGUCUAAUAAGAUUAUUAGAACAGGAGCAGAUCUCUAACCGAGGGAGCCGCUGCUCUAAAGAAACAACUUGAGCCAUUUUUAACCUCCACCAUCAUCUUCCAGCCUCUGUUUGAACAUACAGACACUCCGAUUAUAAGUCUGAGCUAAAAAAUCUUUUAUGACCUCUUGAACAUCAAACACCACACGAGCUUUGGCUCCGAUCGGAGAGUAUCUAAUGACUCGUGAAGUUGGAUCAGCAUUUCUCUUAUUACCUGCAGCUUCUUGUCCGCCUGCAUCAGCCUGUAAAAGGCGGUGGUGAUAGUCAUCAGGUCGUGAAUAAAGUGACGCUUGGUUGAUGAUGAAUGGUAACAGGUUGAAAAUGACAAGUUAUCCUUUAAGUUCCCGUUAACAGUGUCCUCUUUGCACAGAAACGGUAAAUGUUUAUGAAGUUCCAUUUUUAUGUCAUUCUAUAUUUUAUGAUAUACUCUACAACUACUGCUACUGGUAUCCCUUUAGAAAAAAAUUUUCCUUGCAAAACUAUGUAUAUUUCUCAAGUUUGUGUAUAUAAUCUUGUAUACAUAUUUGUAAAGUUUUGUAGUCUGCAUGUAGAAUAAAAACAUUUGUGGCUUUUGUGAGCUGCUGAUGUUAAAUACUGUUCUGUAACUAAAAUCAUUAAAGGGAUAUUUCACUAAGCUAAAA